CAUUCGCAGAUAAAGGUCCUCCGGCGGCAGACAGCGUCACCCCUCCAACCGGUGUGUUGGCCCCCACAGGCGCUACAGCGGGCAGGGAGGAGGGAGUUGGCCCCUUCCUCCUCUCAUUUCCACCUCCUCCCGCUGGACUCAUCACCCGUCCUGAUUGAUCGUCGGGUGUCUUCCCGAAGGAAGCCCUCCUGCGAGGAGCGAGGAGGACAGAGCGCGGGGGCACAGACUGCGUGGGCGAAUGAGGGAGUUCGGAUGCGGGAUUGAUGGGCACACACCUCCUGCACGCGGCAGCAGCAGAGGCAGCAGCAGCAGCAGCAGCGGCGGCGCGCGCCGGGGUCCCCGUCCAGCAGUUCCCGCAAGCAGAGCCGCCUUCCGCCCGUGGGAAAAUGACAGUCAGGCUCGCGGUCACCCUGUUCACACUUCUUCUGCUCACCCAGGACGCUCGCUCUGAUUUACUGGAAUAUGGCGACGACGAGGAGGAUCUCCACGACACCACCGUCAACCAGAUGCUGGUGCCCAGGUCGCACCAGGAGGACGCCACGCUCAUCCUCAACAACCUGCUGAGGGAGUACGACAAGACCCUGCGGCCGGACAUUGGUGAGAAACCGACCGUCAUUGACGUGGGCAUCUACAUCAACAGCAUCGGACCGGUGUCGUCCAUCGACAUGGAGUACCAGAUCGAUAUUAUCUUUGCCCAGUCUUGGGUGGACACCCGUCUGCGGUAUAACAGCAGCAGCAUGCGGAUUCUGACCCUCAAUAGCAAUAUGGUCGGCCUGAUCUGGCUGCCCGACACCAUCUUUAGAAAUUCCAAGAACGCCGACUCGCACUGGAUUACGACGCCCAAUCAGCUGCUCCGCAUCUGGAACAAUGGAAAGAUACUUUACACACUGAGGAUGACCAUCAACGCAGAAUGCCAGCUGCAGCUUCAUAAUUUCCCAAUGGACGAACACUCCUGUCCUCUGGAGUUCUCCAGCUAUGGCUACCCGCGGGAUGAGAUUGUGUACAAGUGGAAGCGAAACUCGGUGGAGACGUCGGACAAGAAAUACUGGAGGCUUUACCAGUUUGACUUCAUGGGGCUCCGAAACACGACGGACGUGCUUAGGACCACGGCAGGCGACUAUGUGCUGAUGACGGUUUACUUUGACCUGAGCAGACGGAUGGGCUACUUCACUAUCCAGACCUACAUCCCCUGUAUCCUCACUGUGGUUCUCUCCUGGGUUUCAUUCUGGAUCAAAAGCGACGCCACGCCGGCCAGGACCACGCUAGGCAUCACUACAGUGCUGACCAUGACCACCCUGAGCACAGUGGCCAGAAACUCCCUACCCAGAGUGUCCUACGUGACGGCCAUGGACCUGUUCGUCACCGUCUGCUUCCUGUUCGUCUUUGCCGCCAUGAUUGAGUAUGCAAUGCUCAAUUAUUACUCCUACAGUAUACGCAGACCGCCUCCCAAGAUGCAGCGAAUGGCCUACUCAUCCUUCAACAUUGGUCGCACCCCUCGAGCCAUGAUGCCAAUGGGCAACUCCUUGUUCUGGCACGACUAUGAUGACAACUGCCUGUACGAGUGCCUGGACGGCAAAGACUGCAAGAGCUUUUUCUGCUGCUUCGAAGAGUGUAAAGAAGGCGGCUGGAGGAAAGGACGGAUCCACCUCAACAUCCAGGAGCUGGAUUCCUAUUCCCGGGUGUUUUUCCCCACCUCCUUCUUGCUUUUUAACAUAGUCUACUGGGUCAGCUACCUCUACCUCUAGUCUGAUCGGGCGGCCAUCUUUGGACCCUGCUGGAACAGCUCUCAUCAUUCCCCACCGAGACUGGAGACGUGAGGUCUCAACCAGGUUGUGGAGGAAAUCAGCUGGAUCUUUAUUAUGGGAAGUUUUUACAGACACGCUUCUUCAAGGGUAAUAUUUUGAUGGCCAGGAUUUUUAAAAAGUGGCUUUACUUCUCUGUCAGGACGGAAAGACAGAUUUUAUAACUCUGAGGAAACCAAACUGUGACUAGAGAGAAGUUCGGGGACAGGGUUGCAAAGCUGAAUCUUGGACAUCGAGAUAGCCAAGCACCCAUAGUGCCUUCUCUGGAAAGGGUGCAGCAACAAAGUAUGCGGCUUCAGAGUUCAUUUUUCUUUUUCAUCCCAUAAGUCACAAGGCCGCAUGCUGAGCUGUCCAUCUACUGACGAAACCAACCUGGAUCUCAGUUUUUCACAAAUGGACAUGUUCAAAGUUGUUGCUUUUAUUUUGUAGCAGCUUAGUUUUAGUUCUAUACUAGAAUUAGUUCUUUUCCUCUUUUCUCAUCAAGUUGGACAUGAGUUUACAGCAACGCCAACACAUCAGUUAGCUGUUUAAUACGAGUCAGCAGCCUGUUGGUGCUGAUGUUUUAUGACCACGGGACGCAGUUUACAACAUUCUUACGCAACAAAUGUAAACCAACCAAACUAAACUUACAAAUCCCAGCCUUGGGCGUAUUAUGUAUGUUUAAAUACACAAAUAAGCUUAGCUAUAGGAGUGCUUUCAUUCAGAGCAGAUAUUUAGUUUCUCUAUUAAAUAUGCUUAUUUGGA